AUUUGAGAACCGCUGACUAUCACAUGCACAAUGACCGCAAUGCGUGCGCUUGUAUGCGUGUAUGCGUGCAAGCGGCAGUCGUGGUAUGGUAUCGAAUCACAGGAAUGACACGAGUAGCAUCGGUUCGGUAUGAAAAAAACGCUUGUAGAGGAAGUGUAUGAAGAUUAUUUUCUGAUAUACAUGGAGGAGGAUGCAGGAGUAUUAAAGAAUCAUCUAGGCAGAUGACGUGGCCAGCGAUACAGUUGACCGACUGUAAUCAGUCGUCCAGUUGUUCUCUAUGCGUUUUUACGCGAAAAAGGCGGAGAAAAGAUUCAACGGCAACGAGCAUAUCGUACGUGUAACGCAAAGUAAAUCGUUACAAUGCAUUACAUGACGUGUGCAAACGUAAUAUUGUGAUAGGUGUAUCAUAUAAGUACCAUCGUGUAUUGCUAUUUGGUAACAGAAGAUACAUACAUAUAUGUAGAGUAUCGACGAGGUUAAUACGAGGUUAAUUAAGAAAAUAAUAAGAUUAGAAAAUUAUGAUUUAGAAACUUGGCAUAGAAAUAAGAGCUUCAUAGUGAAAUCGGAGAGUUAUUAAUGAAUAAAGAGAUUUUAUUACCAGAAUAAAUUAAUCAUACAAAUAUCUCAUUAUCGAUUUAAAUAAUUUCUUGAUGAGGACUACAAAUAAUAUUGUGAAUAAAAUGUAUAACUUCAAGCCAAAUCUGAUUAUGAUAUACAUCAGUAUUUUAUCAUAUAUUUCGCGAGCACAGACAGAAGGCAUUUCUUGUUUUAAAUGUCUCAUGACACUGACAAGACCAGACGAAGAUAAAGAUUUGCUUUGUACCCACUUUGAUAAAAGUGCCAAAUUUCAGACAUUUUGUCCAACUUCAACACUUUGUAUGAAGAGAACUGUUCAAUAUAAAUCUAAAACAUCUGUAAUAACGACUGUUCAGAGGGAUUGUGCACCACAAAAAUAUACUUCUCAUGUUUACAAUAAUGUCAAUAAGCAAUGGGAUAAAAAAGAAGAGAUUAUAGCGACUGCUUAUGAAGAAGGUUGCUUUGUAGGUGAACAUAGAGGUGCACCGACUGGUCCACCUGAAUAUUGUUUUUGUAGUUUUCAUUUGUGUAAUUCAUCCUCACAAAUUGGAAUGUUUAACAUAAUAUAUGGGAUAAUUUUAGCACUGUUGAUUGCAAAAUUGAUGUAAAAAUUUUUCAAUUGAUAGCACACAAUGUAUUACUUAAAAGAAAGUGUUCAAAGCAUAAGAUAGUCUCUUCUGAUAAUUAUGAAAAUGCAAGUAGAUUUUUGCGUUACAACAAAUUGCAAAUAUAAACAUAUAAUACAAAAAUUUAUGUCCAAUAUGAAUAGCUAGAAAUAGUUCAUUUAUUUUAAAGAAUUGCUAAACAAUUUUAAUUGUAUGAUUCUCUAUAUUUCUAUUUAUGAGUUAGAACAGUAAAAUGAUCGAUAUUUCACAUAAAGAAAUAAUAAAAA